CAUGCCUUCAUGGCUCUCUUAUACUCUUUCUGCAACUGGCCUUGCCAGUGCUGCUGGAGCCGUAAUGCUCUACUUGUACCAAUCUGAUCUGCUUUACUUGCCCAGUCAUCCUGAAGGAUCUCGAACAGAGGUGCCAAAGCCCAGCCAAUAUGGGAUGCCAUAUGUUGAAGAAACCUUGACUACAAAAGAUGGUGUCAAAAUCAAAUCCUAUAUCAUCACAUUGAAAGACGAGCAAGCGGCAAAGAACGCCCCAACUAUUAUCUAUCAUCACGCAAACGCAGGAAACAUGGGCCACCGUUUGCCUAUUGCCCAGGUCUUUUACGAAAAGUUUAAUGUCAAUGUGGUUAUGCUGUCAUAUCGUGGAUAUGGUCUCAGCGAAGGCACUCCCAGUGACAAAGGUCUCCGCAUUGAUUCUCAGACCAUGUUAGAUUAUGUACGCGCUCACCCCAUACUUGGAAAGACGAAAAUCAUUGCUUAUGGACAAUCUCUUGGCGGAGCAGUGGCCAUUGACGUCGUGGCAAGAAACCCAGACGCAUUCGCCGGUCUUAUGAUUGAAAAUACCUUUUUGUCAGUCCCCAAGAUGAUCCCCCAUGUCGUUCCAAUGCUAAAGAAUCUCACAUGGCUAUGCCACUUGAAUUGGCCCAGUGAAAAUAACAUACGGCAAAUUGUGAAGACACCCAUUCUCUUUUUAUCUGGUGCCAAAGAUGAACUCGUUCCUCCAUCCCAUAUGAAGGGCCUGUACAAUGCAUCUCAAACGAGAGCCACCAAGGUUUGGAAGGAAUUCAAAAACGGAACUCAUAACGACACUUGCAUACAACCGGGUUAUUUCUCAGCCAUUCGUGAUUUCCUUGCUGAUCUACGAGACGAUCAACCUGAACCUGUUCAACAACAAGCCGCUCCAUCAAAGACAGAAAAGGUCAAACUCGAAGGUGAAGGCGAAGAAAAGUUUCAACUCGUCAGCGGUGUUGCUGAUGCUGAAGGCAUGACACAUAGCUUCAGAUUUGAAGAAGAAGAGGAUUGACCUUCGCACCACCAUCGUACCUAAUGAUACCACCACAUUUGUUUUGAGCCUCCCCUUGUUUUGUCCCAUUCUUGUUAACAUCUUCUUGACAUUCCAUUUUCUUUGUGCUGAAAGUUCCCUUUGUCGAAACUAUAGUAUCUCGUAUAAUAUACUAUUUUAUAUGAAAUAGAGAACGAAUUCAAGUGUCCCAUGUUAUCAAUUGA